UAAAACUGCAUUAACUGUAUCACCGACUCUUUUUUUUUAAACAUGUCCUAAUAUUUUAUUUUUCCCUGACUGGACGCGUUUCCGGAGUUUGAGUGAAUCUUCGCGAAAAAGAAACUUUGAAUUACCAUCUUCACUCCAAACUAUAACCAAAACACGGACAGUUUCUCAAAUUCCAGUGAGCCUGUCUACAUAGACAGCAUUUUUGUGCACGUUGCGAGGCAGUUCAGCAGAGCGAGCUGGCGUGAAUUGGGUUGAAUCGGAAAUGCUGUCCGUGCAGGCGGCUCUACUAGGUUUUGAGACGCAACCCCGCGGGAGAGACGGCACAUCUCAACUUUCCCCAGGCUGGUGGACCGGAACCUACAACCUCCAAACUGAUUUCUACGUUGACCCUCGCUUCCAUACGAACUCAGUAUCAUCUGGAAAAACGCUCGGGAAGAACUACGCGAACUUUGUUCUCGUGGUUUUGUUUAUUUUGAUGCUGAAGUGAUUUCGUCGCCGCUCCAUGGAAACUCUCCGCGAGAUGACACGUGUAUGAGCGUGUGUGUUUUUCCCCUGUCUGGAUGACUGUGGGAUUGGUGUGGAUGCACACGGCUGUUCAUUAUUGUUGUUGGGAAAAUAUCGCGUCUCAUUUUUGGAGUGGACGUUAUUAGGCUGCUGUUAGCUUUAGCAUAGCAAGGCCUCGUCUGCAGUCUAUGUUUGCGGUAGUGCUGCUGCUGUGUUGGCUGGGGACGUACACACAUUCAUCAUUAGGAAGCUCAAAAGUGUUUUAAUUGUCAAAGGAGUGUAACUUCGAGCAGUAGGAAGUGUUUCGUAUUCAACUGGAAGCUGCUGCUGAAUAUAAAGUGAACCUCCUGGUCAGCACAACAAAAUACGAAUGCAACCGCCUCAUGCAACAUCAGAAACCGAUGCCUCUCCUGAUGCAUCUGAAAAUGACUAUAGGAUAUAGGACGAAUAAAAACUAAAAACAAAAGCCCAAUGAGCGACACACGGUCCACAGUCACUGACAGAACCAGUAGCAUUCUCAGCAGAGACCACCCUCCCGACAAGAGACCCCAAAGCGAGAAGCAGCCUGGUACCCCUACACACGAGUUUGACCCUACAGACGUGCUGGUGCAGAAGAGUGGAUUUGUAGUGGCUGACAGGAGACCUGAGUCUUGUGGGCUGGUUCAGAGAUGCGUGAUCAUUCAGAAAGAUGAGAACGGCUUUGGGCUGACCGUCAGUGGGGACAACCCUGUUUUCGUGCAGCUCGUCAAACAGGAUGGUGCUGCAAUGCGUGCAGGUGUUCAGACGGGGGACAGGAUCAUUAAGGUGAACGGGACAUUGGUGACGCAGUCAAACCAUGUUGAAGUGGUGAAAUUAAUCAAAUCCGGCUCAUAUGUGGCCCUCACAGUAUUAGGCCGGCCUCCCGGGUUGCCCCAGAUCCCCCUCUCUGAGGUAGACUUGGGUCUCGGGUCACCUGGGGGUUAUGGGGACCCUUUUGUUACAUCUCCCAACUCUUACAAUGCAGCGGAACGCACUUCCUCUCCUCUGGUAUCAUGGGAAGAGAGCAGUGCUCCACUCAGCCAAAGAAUGGACAACAAGAGGAUGGUGUCCAAAGAGCAACAGGACAUACAGGGACUGAAGGAGGACUACAGCAGGACUCCUACACCCAAACCACUACGGGAUAUCCAGGAAGCCAAGAAGCACAUUCCACAUCAGCAGGGCCAGCUUAACAGGGCUACACAUGAGAGUCUGUGUCUCAGGAACAGUGAAGAUGGCUGUUGGGUGGAUGGAGAUUUCAGCCCGGAGGGUUUCUGGAGUGGAAGUUCAGUGUCAUCUGUCCAGCGGUUCUACCCGGCUUCUCCAGAGAGCCAAAGGGAAUCCAACUGUUCCAGCCCGAAGAGCACCCCUAGGGACAGCCUCAACUCCUGCCCCUCCCCUGAGGUCGAGGACGGCUCCGACCUGGAUUCUCGUUUCUCAUCCACCAUAGGGAGCCCACCCUCCCGCCUGGCUUCAGGGAUCAUCGCGGCUGAAGAUGAUGACUUUGACACCGAGCCGGAGCAGGUAUUUUUAGUUCCUUUCCCUCGGUGGUCUUGGUCACCUGCCUCUUUAACCAGAUCUGAUGUGUCUCAGGUGAACGGACAGUGCAGCUGCUUCCAGAGUAUCGAGCUGCUCAAGAGUCGCCCUGCUCAUCUUGCUGCCUUCCUGCACCAUGUGAUCUCUCAGUUUGACCCUGCACCUCUGCUCUGCUACCUGCACGCUGACCUCUACAAACAGACCAACUCCAAAGAAACACGACGGAUCUUCAUGGACUUCUUGUCGUUCUUCAUAGACCGGGGGGCAAAUUUGAAAGUCGCUGUGCCUGAAUCCAUCUCCUCUGAGCUCGAGCGGCGGAGACCAGAGCUGAUUCCAGAGGAGUUACACAGGCAAUAUAUACAGACAAUGCAGGAAACUCUCCUUCCGGAUGUACAGAGAAACUUGGAGGACUUCAGGCAGAAGCGCAGUAUGGGCUUGACCCUGGCUGAUGUAGAGCUGUCUCGUCUGGACUCUGAACAGCUGGCUCUAGAGAGAGAGAGAUCUUGCGCUGAAAACAUCCUCUCCAAGAUAGAUGACGUUCUGUUGACUUCACAACCCACAGAAGAGGAGAAAUGCAACACCAUACAGUAUGUGAUCUUUAUGUACAUGAAGCAUCUCGGAGUUCGAGGGAAAGAGCAACGAAACCUGGAGUCCAAACGAGUUCGAAUUAAUUUUCUUCCUUCCAAACUAAGAAAAAGCAAAACAGAGAAGGAAGGGGAGGAGAAACUGAAAAGGCCUCGCUUUCCCAUCCGGGUGCCCCCGCGGUGGCCCAGUCGCGUCGAUUCAGUACCAUCUGGGAGGGCCGGGGACAACAUCAAGCAUCGACCUCAGAAGCAGAUGUCUCAGCCAGCUUUGGGCAGCUCAGAGCUGAUAGAGGGUGGACGUCUGCGGGGCAGUCAGUCGAGUGAGGGCUCAGACCUCCUACAGAGCCCGAGUUUGAUCACCUCUCCCCCCUUCAGCGCCUCUUACGGCUCACCGUCAGACCCCUCGGGCAGGGACCCGGAGUUUAGUAUGAGCCCGUCUGCGGUGGUUCCCCGGCUCAGUGAUGGGCUGCAGUCUGGAGAUGUGCUGGACAGCAUCUACCCACCCUGUGACUACAUCCCGUACAACACGGACCAGCUAGAUGAAGAUGGAGACAGACUCCUUGAUGGGGGCACACCUAAACUGAGUAGAAGGUUUGAAGAGCUGCAAAGUGAGGAUGAUCAGGGGGGUGAUGUUUACUCUGAUGUAGAUCCUCCAAACUGGCAGCAGCUGGUCGGGCGUGAUGUUUUAGCAGGCCUGACGCCCCACGAGAUCAAGAGACAAGAAGUCAUUAAUGAACUGUUCUACACGGAGCGAGCCCACGUACGCAUGCUGAAGGUCCUAGACCGUGUCUUCUACCAGAAGCUCACCCGAGACAACAUACUGCCCCCUGCUGACAUCAAGAACAUAUUCACCAACCUGGAGGAAAUCGUCCAGUUGCACAUGAGGAUAGCAGAUCAAAUGACAGCUAUACGCAAGAAGAACGAGUUGUCGGUCAUCGACCACAUAGGAGAUGAGUUGCUGUCUUGGUUCAGUGGUGGAGAGGAGGAGAAGAUCAAGCAAGCAGUGGGCACUUUCUGCAGUAACCAGCCCUUCGCCCUGGAGCUCAUCAAAUCCCGGCAGAAGAAGGACCAGCGUUUCACCUCCUUCAUGCAGGAGGCUGAAAGCAAUCGACUGUGUCGACGAUUACAGCUAAAGGACAUCAUCCCUGCAGAGAUGCAGAGGUUCACCAAGUACCCCUUACUGAUGGACAAUAUUGCCAAGUACACAGAUGAGUCAGAGGAGAAAGACAAAGUGAGACGAGCAGCCGAAUGCUGUCGACACAUUCUCAGCCACGUCAACCAGUCCGUGAAGGAGUCCGAGAAUAAACAGAGAUUGGAGGACUAUCAGAGACGGCUGGAUCUCUCUUCCCUCAAGCAGAGCGAGAACCCCAUGAUCUUGGAGUUCAAGAACCUGGAUCUCACUAAAAGGAAGAUGGUCCACGAGGGUCCUCUGUCCUGGAAGAUUAACAAAGACAAAACUAUUGAGCUGUAUACUUUACUCCUGGAAGACAUCCUGGUGUUGUUGCAGAAGCAGGACGAGCGUUUUAUUCUCAGGUGUCACAGCAAGAACCUCGCAGGAACGGCUGACACAAAACACAUAUUCAGUCCCAUCAUCAAACUCAGCACUGUGCUGGUGCGCUCGGUGGCGACAGAUAACAGAUCAUUCUUUGUGAUCUCCAUGUCCAAAAACGGAGCUCAGAUUUAUGAGCUAAUGGCACAAACGGUGUCCGAGCAGAGAAUGUGGCAACGGCAGAUUGCUCAGAGGGCAGAUGUUAUGAACCCUGCCAAACCCCACAGCGUCAUUCCUUUGCCUCAGCACGAUGGUGACAGAGACAGUGUCGAGUUAAGCAAGUUCAGCAAAGUCUCUGAACGGAUCUCCACAGGAAGCAUCCAGUCUGCAGAGAAAGACAGUGAAUUUUCACCUACGGCAGCCCUGCGGGAUUGUGUCCCGGAAGCCAACCCUGAGGAAGAGGACCAGGUCCCGAGAGCUGGCAGGGAUGGCUCGUAUCUGGACUCUGAACUCUUGAACGGCAGGGACACAGACUCUCAAUCCUGUUCGUCUAAAGCAGAUGAGGCCCUUAAAACCUUGGCGGCACUGAAGCAGGUGCUGGUGACUCAGCUGAUGGCUCAGGAUGAGGGCGAGCGAUUGUGCCGAACGGCCGGCAGUCGUCUCCUCAGGACCACCUCUCUACGCACACCGGUGGAGCACAGCUCCACUCGCACCCCUAGUCGAGCUCAGGACUACACCUCUGGAGAUACGGGCUUCUACGAGUGCCCAGAGGACUAUGCUUACCUGGUCCUGGAGGGGUACGGUGGCCCAGGCGAGAGCAGUACAGAUGACGAUAUUCAGGUCCGGAGAAAGGAGUCAAGUUUGGCCCACAGCUGUGCUGCUGACUCGGGCAUCAGCCUCAAGUUCUCCUCACCCUCCUCAGGCAGCACGUCCCGCCUCAGCAGACAGGUCCUCUCACAUCUACGCUGCCUGCAGGCCAACCUCAACCACCUCAAGGAGAUGGAAACAAAGUAUUAUAAUCUACUUCGCCAAAGGCCUGUUGGGUCAACCGCAGAUACGGACGAGAGCAGAGAUAAGAAAUAGAGUGGCAGAAGUUCCUGCCUCCUGUGAUGACGGGGGCAUCGUUUCUAUCGUAACAUGCUCCGCACAAGCCUGUCUUCCUCACUGCUGAACACCUCCAUCCAAAAAUGAGGGGAAUAUUCUAACAAGGCCUCUCGCUUCUGUCAGCACUCGUCAAUUAGGGAAGACCGACUGUCUCCUCUCAGCCUUACCUGUCCCGAGUACAUGUCCUCAUUCCAGUGAACGUGGGCAGCCCAGUCUCUUCUCCUUCCCCAGCAGCCCUAGCUAGAGAAAGGAGAACUAUACCAAAAUGUACAAAGCUGUGUGUUUAGAAAAUAUAUAAGUUGAGAGAGGAUUUUUUUUUAACUAAUAAUGUAUUAAGCUGUUUUCUUUUUUUAAAUCCCAAGAUGUAUUUAUUUUUCCUUUUAGUGUUUUCCAUGUUUCUCGCAUGCUUCUGGCUGUUGAAACUCUUUAAGCUGUCUGUCGCUGUAGGCUCCAGUGUAACUGAACAGGGCGAGCGCUCCAGAAUUCAGACUCUUUUCUCCCCCACAAUUUUUACGCGUGGAAGCCCAAGUCUGUGCAGUACAUAAAGAGAAGUUUUUGCUCAAGGCCUCCCUCAGUUACUCCAGCCAGCUGACAUUCCUCCCAGAGCCCUGGACUGAUUCAUUCGCCCCUGAGACCCUCCUGCUGAGAUAAAGAGUGGAUGGAGCUCAGGCUCUCUUGGUCUGCAGCUACAUUUUGAUGACUGCAAAAAGAGAAGAUUGGCCAUCAGGAUUGAAGGUGAUGCAAAACCUGGAAAUAAAGUUACUAUGACACAACCUUUUGUACUGAUCUAUUUUGGAAGUUUUUUUUAAAUGCAGGCAUAAAAUGAGUGUAUGUGCUGGAAUAUUCGUGACAUAGUAUGGGAAUUUGAGUAGCUUGUCAAUCAAAACUGCAUAAUAACUGCAACUCCCUAUUGUUAUUGUCCUUUAACAUGGACAAGAGGAGUUGAGAAGUAGUAUGUGAUUUCGGUCGGAGCAAAGAUUGCGAGCAUAAUUAAUGCUGUAAUUAUGUGCUGCCACGGAGAAUGAUCGGAAAUUUAGUUUGUUUUUGAAGUCGUGCAAGCCUGUCGUCUCAUAAACCAGCUAAAUGAGUUGUGUUUUCUGGCAAGCUUUAUCGUUAUUCCUCAUCAAGGGUACAUAAAGUGGGUACCAACUAAAUUGUACAGUCAUCAUUCACCGUUACAAUGUUUUAUGAUCAAUACCAAUUUGCUUCUGCCAUGAUUCUUUCCUUGACACACCCAGUGUGUGAAUUAAACACUGACUGUCGGUGUGAUGAAUCUUUAUAGUACUUUCUGUGAGGGAUUUUGGAGUAAAGUCUAAGGUUUGGCUUUUGUCACCCAUAGUCUUUCAAAUCUUACAUAAAGAAUAUCUUAACAAAAUGAUUUUAUUUAGUUUAGGAAGUAAAUCUAUGAUAAUGUUAGAAAACAUAACUUUCUAUAUACGAUGUAGUGAUCUUAACUGCAAGGCCUCGGGCUUCUUACUGUUGUUAUGGUUAUCUGUUCAGGUGAUUGCAAAUAUUUAGUGCUAUAUGAAAAUACUAGAGGUUUAAAUCCGAUGUUUCAUCACGAUACGAUCUCUGACAUAG